AAGUCAUAAAAUUAUAUUUGCCUUGACUUGUAGUGGUCUUACAUUGCGCAGAUUCGAAUAAUUUAAAACAUCGCUCCACCAACGGAUUUUUGCAAAUACAUCGUAUAACUAGAUAGCAAUUAUUAUUAGAACAACAAUGUCGAAUGAUUCUGUGAAGAUGUUGAUUACAGAAACCGAUGGUCUUCGCGAAAUGCUCAACUAUAUCGCGGAUCGGAAUCAAAUUGAGCAAAGUGAACGAAAAUUGAAUGAUUUUAUAGCCGAAAGCUUUAAGCGACACUUGGCCCUAAUCGAAUCUUAUAUCAGCACAACCAACGAGAUUCAACAAUUUAUUAUGUUGGCUGGAAACGAGAUACGCGUCAACAAGAUUCGUCAACUGUUGCAAAAAGCCGACAUCCAGUCCAACGAUAUCGUUCAACAAUUCGAAUUAAUGUUCAAGUACAUCGACGCUAAAUUAACGCAAAGCAAUUGCCUCAGUGUUUCUGCAAUGAACGAGUACGAAAAUCAUCUAGCCAAUUUGAAGGUGUCAUUGAACCAAUGCGAACUUCAUCAGAAAAACAUGGAAUCGGUCAAUUUGGUGCGUAAGAUUCGCGGUCGUGUCGAUAGUUUGAUUGAGAAAAUAAAAAAUGUAGAGCAGAAAGUACCGGAAUUGAUGUCCCAAGCGCUAGAUGGUGUCCUUCAUGAAGAUUCUAAUAACAGUGGUAAUAGAGCUGAUGACAGUGACGAAAUUUCAGCUUUAGAUGAUUACUAAUAUAUGAUUGCAACAUCCAUUCUGGGGUUUCAUGCACUCGAACUGAAUUAUAAUAAUUAUUUGUGAUAAUCUUGUCCUAUUAAAAUAACAUUUUGAUGAA